AUGGCUCAGACAAAGAAUAUCCAGCGGCGCUCAGGGCCUACAACACCAAGGAGAGGACAAGCCCAACGGGUGAACCCUUCGCCCAGAACAAUAGCAGGCAAGCGCCCUCGCGCGCAACCUGGCGAUCCAGUACCAGUGCGAAGACCCCGACGAUAUCGACCUGGAACGCUCGCGCUCAGAGAAAUCCGAAGAUACCAACAAUCAACCGACCUCUUAAUCCUAAAACUCCCUUUCGCUCGUCUCGUUCGAGAAAUCGCACUUAGCAUCCUUCCGUACCACGCAGCGCAAGAACUCCGGUGGCAGAGUCAAGCGAUCCAGGCUCUGCAGGAAGCAAGCGAAGCAUUCCUCGUCCACCUGUUCGAAGAUACAAAUCUGUGCGCGAUACAUGCGAAGCGGGUUACGAUUAUGCAAAAGGACAUUCAAUUAGCGAGGAGGAUUCGAGGCGCUUGGGGCGGUUUAGGUUGA